GGAAAAAAAGUUCUGCAAAGCGUCAAAAAGUUACCAAUUCAGAAUCUAGAGAAUCUUCUUCUGAUUUUACUUCUGAAGAACCAGAAUGGCUUAAAAACUCUCAAAGCGUUACAGGCACUUCAGUUUCAAUCCCAAUCGAUCCCUUAAAUUCUGAAGUAACACCGCAACCAGAGUCUACUCAAAGUCAAGGUACCACUGAGCGCGUUUUCGUCACUCCAUUUUAUGUUGAUUUGGAUGCGUAUCGUGAAGAACUCCAACUAGAAUUGUGGGCGUUCAAUAUUAUAAUGGAAUCGUUAACAAGGGAGAGGCGAGUAGAUAAUGUUAUGGGUAUUCAAGUUGGACAUAUUCCUAAAGACGUUGCUGCUGUUAUAGCUUCUUUGAUCGAUAAUGGGGAAAUUAAACUCGAGGGUAUAAUCCGAUCUUAUCUAAUACUUGAUUUUUGUUUUGAGUAUGAAACUUAUAAAAUUUGUAUAGCCACCAUAAUCGGGAACCGUGGUACUUAUAGUAUCCCACUCCAACUACACGUGUACGGGUCACCUAAUUCUCAAGAAUCGAUUUCUAGCUCAUUAAAAAAACGCGGAAUUGCGGUCGAGUCUCCAAAACAACCAAGACAAACUAAGAAAAGUAGAGCCGAGGCUGCUGCUCGAGCUACGUUUGACGAAGCAUGGCGUGAUUUGGUUGGUAGAGGUCAAGAAAUCAGUAUGAAAAAGAAACAGGAGGCGUUUGAAAAAAUUGGAAUAUCUAUCGAGGAUUUGGAGAAACUUCCAGAGGCACCGCAACCGGAUGCACUUCUCACUAAUCUUCUACCUUAUCAGAAGCAAGGUCUCGGUUGGAUGCUUUCUCACGAGCAUCCUGAAGAUCCGACAGAAGAAACGGCAACGCAAUUUUGGGUUAUGCGCAAAGUAUCAGGAUCUAACCUUUACUAUAAUGUUGCGACUAGUUAUUCAUCUCAAACUCGACCAGAAUUUUCUCGUGGUGGUAUUCUUGCAGAUGACAUGGGUCUUGGUAAAACGUUACAAACAAUUUCAUUGAUUGUAUCGGAUACCAACGGAGAAGGAUUUAUUACUACACCUUCACCCACUAGCUCAGAUUACUCUAAAACUACUUUAAUUGUCGAUCCGUCCUUUCUCUCCAACCAUGAUGUCGUGAUUACGACCUAUCAAGUUCUCGCAUCAUCUAAUGUUAAAGAUAAACGUAAAGGAUUAUUUGCGAUAAAAUGGCGUCGCGUUGUUCUUGAUGAAGGUCAUAUUAUUAGAACAAACAAGACAAAACAAAGUCAGGCUGCGUGUGCUUUAGAUGCCGAACGUCGAUGGGUGCUCAGCGGUACUCCAAUUAUGAAUCAAUUGAAUGAUAUGUAUUCGCUGGUUAAAUUUUUGAAAAUUACACCAUUCCAUGAUUAUGACUUGUGGACUCGAGUUUUUUCUCGUCCUGUCAGCAAAGGGGAUUUCGACGGUAUUGACCGUCUUUCGUGCUUAAUCCGUACUACUUGUCUUAGACGCACUAAGGACAUGAAAUUCAACGGUCGAUCAAUAUUGGAUCUUCCUCCGAUUACCUCUUAUUUGCAUAAAGUCAAAUUUACUUCUGAAGAAAAAAAGAAAUACGAUCUUAUGGA